CCGUGAGACGUCGCAGUAUCUUACGAUCGAUUAUAACGAAAUCUCUGCAUCGUGUUUCAUUAUUCGUAACAACAUUUCUCAGUAAAUUCCGUGUGUUGUCUGAUAUUGUUUGUGUGCAAAAAGAAACGGUUGUGUAUUAGUUAAAUGACAGUGAAAAGAUAGCAGUAUGGUCAAGAGUGGAUAAGGAAGAAAUCAAAUGUCAAAGAAUAUUCGAGCAGCACACGUGAUCAGCUGAAUCAUCAAAUUAUUGUUUGCGAUAUUUCAUAUGAAAAUAAAACAAAUGUUAAAUUGACCAAUACAAUAUUUGUAUUAACACUUUAUUUUAUUAAUUUUUAAUUGAUUCGUUAUUAUUUGUAGAAAUUUAUUUUAUCGUGCAAACAUGUCGCGUGUAUGCAAGGUUAGAUCAGUUAAAAAACAUUCAAGUGCAUAUUUAAUAUUAUUACGGACAGCAGUACGAUCUUGAAAGUAUUUAAAAAAAAAAAAAAUUCGAAAAAAUUAGAAAUAUGAAUAAAUUAGUUUAGCUCGGGGUACCGUUCGUUUGAUAUACGUUCGUAAGGUGCGAUCGCAGCGCCACCACGCAGUGUCGCUCGCGAUCGAAGGUGGGAAGGGCAAGCGGAGUAGUGGGGGAACCGGCACGGGAGUCGUGUUCCGCGUGCGAGCGAGUGUACACACGUGUGCCCCCUCCGCUCUCUUCUCGCCACGUACAUACCAACCGUGAACGAACGAAACGGACGAAAAUGUCGUCGCGGAAGAGCUCGAACAUAUCGUCCGAACUCUCGGUCCAACGCUGGAACUCUACGAAAGUGAGCGGUCGGCGACUCGUAAGAAGACGGUGGCAGUGGGGUUGGAAAGCCAGAGGAAGAGGAAGAAGAAGAAAAAGAAGAAGAAGAAGAAGGCAUUUCGCCGGUUUUCAAUCGACAUUCAGUAUCGAGAUGCGACGAGAGUGCAUCGUAUAUUUCUUCAAUCGAUGGUGUAUACCAUGUCGUUGAUUUUGUUAAUAAAAUAAGACCGUUUAUUAUUCAAUUAAAACCAUGGGAUUCUGAUUUUCGACAGAAAUCACUGACUCUCGGAAUAAUUUGUGAAAAUUUGUUGCAAUUUUUGUUUCAUUUAUUUUCGAAUCGAUUUAUUUUCUUUUGCUAGUUCUUUUUGUUUUUGUUUUUUUUUUGGUUUUUGUUUUUUCUGUUUUAUUUUGUUUGGCAAGAGGAAAAAGGAUCUCUCUGGUUGUGUGUGUGUCUGUAUAAUUAUAUUGAAUCCAAGAAGAUCUAUAUUUUUUCAAUUAAGAAGGGAUAAAUUUCAUUUGUAUUUACUACUACAUAAAAAUGGAAGAUUCACCGAGAUACGAGGAUCCCGGCAUGUAUAAAAAAAGAUCACCCUGUAGUUUACGGAGAUUAGGAGACAUGGUGCCAGCACGAGUUGUUCUCUAUAUGCUUUCUUUUUCCGGGUUCCUUGUUUCCUUUAUGAUGAGGACUGACAUUAAUCUUACAAUGGUGGCCAUGGCAAAACCAACUAUGAAAUCAAAUGUCACGGUCACCACUGAGACGUCUCAUUAUUGUUACAAAUCGGCGAAUGUAUCGCACGUGGAAAACAACAACAAUAGUAGUAACAGCAGUAACUUUGUUAGAUUAGAGGAAGAGGGUGAGUUUGACUGGAGUCCAGCCAUUCAGUCUGCCAUUCUUGGUUCCUUCUAUUGGUGUUAUAUCUUAUCACAAGUAGUGGGCGGCGUUUUAACUCAAUAUUUUGGUACAAAGACCGUCUUUGGUGGAUCCCAACUUUUAACUGCAAUUUGCAGUUUACUUAUGCCCAGUGCUGCUGAAAUUCAUUACGGUGCUAUGAUAGGUCUUCGAAGUAUACAAGGAAUCGCUAGUGGGUUAACUUGGCCAGCUAUGUAUGCCAUUGUUGGACAUUGGAUUCCACCGGUAGAACGAUCCCGUUUCAUGUCUUCCUUUCAAGGGUUCAGCUUUGGGAUCGGAUUGACCUAUCCGUUGUGCGGAUUCAUCAUCGCUCAUUUUGGAUGGAAAGUGGUUUUCUACACGACCGGUACCAUCGGAUUAACGUGGUGUCUCUUCUGGUACUUCUUUGCUUUUGACACACCAGCCGCUCAUCCAAGGAUCUCUCAACAGGAGUUACGUUACAUACGUGGAAGCAUCGGCAAUCAAGUUUUGGGAACGAAUGAGGGAAUGCCCGUACCAUGGAAAUCAAUUCUAAUGUCGUGGCCAGCUUGGGCCAUCGGUAUUACAACUUUUGGAAGAAUAUGGGUCCAUUAUGUAUUUAUUAUUUCUGGCCCGAUGUAUAUAAAAACCGUCCUGGGAUUUAGCAUUCAGGCUAAUGGCGUUUUGUCAGGAUUACCAUUUAUCUGUAGUUAUCUAAGUUCCGUAGUAUUUUGUUAUGUCGCCGAUGUUUUGGUCAAUCGACAAAUCUUAUCUUUGACAAAUGUUCGCAAAGUUUUCACGGCGUCAUCUCAAGUGAUUCCUGGAAUUCUCGUUCUUCUUAUCGGAUAUCUGGGAUGUAAUAUAAUUCUUGUAGCAAUCGUUUGGUUCAUAGCUGUUAUACUUAUAACUGCUGCCUAUGCUGGUGCAAUGGCUAAUAUCGUUGACAUAGCACCAAAUUUUGCCGGUCCUGUAUUAGCAUUCGCACAAACUAUUCACAUGACAGCUAGUUUUCUGUCACCUAUAGCAGCUGGUCUGCUCACUCAAGAAAGCCAAGCAUUGGACGCUUGGAGAAAAGUGUUCGGAGUAACUACGUGUGUAGCUUGUAGUACAUAUAUCGUAUAUCAAAUCUUUGGCACUGCCGACAUUCAAGAAUGGAAUUAUCCUGAUCAAAAGUAUCCACAAUCCGUUCAAGAGGAUUCUCAACCUCUUAACGAGUCACCUAGCAAGAACGGAAAGGUAGUUUCGAAUCGAGACAAUAUAGUUGAAGAAGCAUAAUGCGUAUAUGUAUAUAUUAUGUACAGUAGAGACUCCCGUAUAAUGCGGGUUAAUACGUUACGCGUUGUAUAAACUCGCGUUAUACAAAAUCCCGUGAUAGGAAAUCUCUUUUUGUUUUAUUGUAAUUACAGAUAAAUUCGAAUAUUUUUUUCAUUAGAAUAUAAUAUGUUUAUUGAGAAUGAAAUAUGAAUGUUGAGAAGUAAUAAGUAGAGGUUAAUAAUUUAUUUGACAAAUGAGAAAUAAAACAAAACAAUAUUCGCUAUAUUUUUGGCUCGUUAGAAAAAUUGCGUUUUCUAGGAACUAGAGUUAUAAGAGAAUCUACUGUAUACGUUUAUACAUACAUGCAUUUAUAUAAAAAGGAAAAAAUAUAAACAGAGGUAGAAAAACUAUCGCCUUAUCGUCUGUACUGUUUUUCUCUGUUGUCUGAUGUCUCGUUUUAUCAAAUAGAUCUUAUCGGUGCAUAAUUUUUGUUAUGAAAUUAUACGUAAGAAAAAUUGAAUUAUGACCGAUAUGAGAUUCUUAGGAUACAUUUGGGAUACUUUUAUCAUAUAAUAAGAGUUUCGCACACUAUCACAAUCACUUUUAUUUAUAAUGUUUAAAAUAUGAUAUAAUAGGGAACAAAGUUCGAAUUAAACUAGUUAGAUUGUAUAAUAUUUCUUCAAUUGCAAUUCAAGUUUGUAUUAUUUAAGAAAAUCUCGAAACAUUGAUUUCCUAGUUCUUUUUUUUUGUUUUUGUUUUUUUGUUUUUCUUACAUUAAUCAGACAUCAGAGUUUCUCAGUUUAAUUUCGAAUAUUAUUUUGUAUAUUAGAUUUUUGAGUAUAAAAAGCUCUCUCUUCGAUUGGUUAUAUUACACGAGAGAAAGUACUUAUUUUCGAUGUUGUCGUCGUCGUGUCGUCAUAUGUAUGUAAAUAAGAAUUAUAUAGUUAUUUCUAUAAUACAAAAAAUUAUUCACAUAGAAAUCAGGGUAUAUUGUAUAUUGAAAUAAUGCUAAGAGAAUAUUUUUAUGAGGUAGUUUUAUCUCAGGAAGCAAAAGAAAGGAUUUCAAAUAUUAUUAUUUGAAAAUUUUGAUUUUAUUUUUUUUUUUUUUAGAUAAAAGACAAAUGAGCACAAAAGACUCACACAACAGUGAAAUAAUUAAUUAGCGAUAUUACACGUAUAAUAUUCAUUUUUUUUUGUUUUUUUUUU